AGUGCUGUUGUUUUUAUACCCUGAACAGGGUAUAUUAAGUUUGUCACGAAGUUUGUAACACCCAGGAGGAAGCGUCGGAAGCCCUAUAAAGUAUAUAUAUUAAUGAUCAGUAUGUUGAACUGAGUCGAUUUAGCCAUGUCCGUCUGUCUGUCUGUCCGUGCGUAUAUAUACGAACUAGUCCUUCAGUUUUUAAGAUAUCGUUUUGAAAUUUUGCAGAUGUUAUUUUCUCUUCAAGAAGCUGCUCAUUUGUCGGAACUGCCGAUAUCGGACCACUAUAUCAUAUAGCUGCCAUACAAACUGAACGAUCGGAAUCAAGGGCUUGUAUGGAAAAUUUUCGCACUUGACUUGGUAUCUUCACGAAAUUUGACAUGGAUUACUGCUUAAGGUAAUAACAUAAUCUCCGAAGAAAUUGUUCAGAUCGGUUAACUAUAUAACCUUAAUGGCACAGCCGAAGUUAACGUUUUUUCUUGUUUACUCUAAACUAGAAGACCAGAACUUUAUAAUUAGAUCUCGAACGAUAAGAAAGAAGUUAAUAGAAAAUACUUAUAAAAGAGAGAUAGAGAUUUAGAACAUACAAGAUCUUGAAAGAGUCAACGUAAUUGGUCCCAUCGAAAGCGUUUUCAUACAGCUUCAUCAACAAAUAUUUUAACUUCUAAUGAGACUGUCAAAUAGGUUAAGCUCAAAAUAGCUAAGUCUAUAUGAGAAUUUCCCACUAUGUCAGCUUGAAACAAGAAAUAUGCUCGCUCUUGAUCGGAUAAAAUUCAGAUAUUUCCAAUUUCAUAUUCGCAACUCUAUAUAUUAAACAUUAUUAUACAACAGGCAACUGAAGAACGUCACCACUGUGCAACCAAUUAAUCUAAUGUGUAAAGUAAAUUAAAUAGAUUUGAUAUUUCAAAGUAGUCACUAUUAUUUUUAGAUCCUUCCUUGCACUAUCGAAUUUUUAAUUCCGUUCUUUGAUGAAUGCGCGUUCAAUUACGAUAACCGCAGUUACCAUAUUUCAUUCAGUCGCUUCGAAAGCUUUGCCAUGUGCAAACAGGUUCCUUUCGUGGUACGUUUUCACAGGAGAUUGUUUCAAAUCAUCGGUUGUUGCGAUGUUUCCUGGCAUACACAGCCAAGAGAGAACAGGCUUGCCGAACAACGUUUAGUCGCUUGGACGAUACUUAUUUUGCUAAUAUAUACCUUCACCUUCAUAAAUACCUUCGUACAUCCGGCGGAAUUUCUCUUCACCAGUGAAAGUUUUGGUUAUUUCGUCGAUGCGCUCAAAGUUACCAUGGCAUAUGUUACGGUGGUCAUCAUCUAUAUGGAGACUGUGUUGCGGCGUCAGGCGCUACAGCAUUUCUGGCAGCGAUAUGCAGUGUUGAAUGCAGCGAUAUCUCAAAAAGUUCAAAGCACAAAAAUCGACUGGCGUACACAGUUGCGCGCAUAUCAACGAUUUCUUUACGUUUUCUAUGGCAUUACGGUGUUUGACUUUAUUUUAGAGAUCGUCUAUUACGUUAUGCGUGAGAAGAACGAUCAUAUGCUACAGUUUAUGCUUAUGUUCACACCCUAUACUUAUAUGAUACAUUUGCGGAAUAUGCAAAUCAUAUACCAUAUUGUGAUUAUAAAUCAUGAAUUGGUGAAAUUGCGACACGACGUGAGCCUACUGGCGGAGUAUACAAGAUUUACACGUACCGUAAUGCCUUUCGAGGGUUUCGAAGGCUUUGUGCGUCAAAAGUUAGCUGAGAAGCAGUUGCAAUAUCAACGUAUCUAUGAAAUGUGUGACUACUUUCAACAGUCCUUUGGUAUUUCGGCGAUUGCAGUGCUUCUAUUUACAUAUGUCCGUUUGGUAGUUGACGCAUACUUCACGCUCUACUCGUAUCACAUAACCAACCGACCUGAGGUCAUAGUUGUUGGUUCGUUUCGUUAA